AUGGAUGAGGCAAAUGAAGAACAAAAGGACGAUGACCAGUUACAGCCUCUUGUUCGUGCUCCCCCCACUGGUCCGGCAGCACAAGCCCCUACAGGCCCGAGGAUUAGCUUUUCCUUCAAAGCUACGUCGAAAGCUCCUGUUGCCGCCCCUAAGCCGGAGAUAUCGCAGAAGUUUAGUGCCGUUCCUCCGCGAAGGGAAGCGCCGCAGCCUGUCGAUGAUCGGAGUAACAGAGAACGAGACCUGCCCAAAGAUGUUCCUACCGGGCCAGCGUCGUCUAGGGCACGACACGAACCCGACCAUCACAGUAGGCGGCGAGGACCUGAGCCUUCCGGGGAGCCUCCGAGGGGGCCACGACAGCCUGAUAAUACCCGAGGGCCAAGACAGCCAGAUCCUCCAAGAGGCCCGCGGCAACCUGAACUGCCUAAAGCUCCCAGGCCCCCACGGACGCGAAAGGUCAAGAAAAUCGAACGGCGACUCAAACCCAAACCAACACUUCCUGAGCAUCUUGCUCUAUCCGAAUCACCGUUCUACCGAAAACCGGGUAAUGAAUCAGUGAUCGGCUCCGGAACAUAUGGAAAGGUCUUCAAGGGUGAGCACGUCUAUAGUGGACGAUUGGUGGCCCUGAAGAAAAUACGCAUGGAGGGAGAGAAGGACGGCUUCCCCGUCACUGCGGUCAGAGAAAUUAAGCUACUCCAAUCACUACGGCACGACAACAUCGUUGCAUUGCAAGAAGUCAUGAUUGAGCAGGAUGCUUGUUAUAUGGUGUUUGAAUAUCUUUCCCACGAUCUUACUGGGCUGCUGAAUCAUCCCUCAUUCACCCUGGAUGCUGCCCAGAGGAAACACCUGGCCAAGCAACUUUUUGGAGGCUUGGAUUACCUACAUACUCGCGGGGUACUUCAUAGAGAUAUCAAAGCUGCGAACAUUCUUGUGAGCAGCGAUGGUAUAAUGAAGCUGGCGGACUUUGGCUUGGCCCGGUUCUAUGAAAAACACCACAAUAACGACUACACUAAUCGCGUCAUCACCAUCUGGUAUCGGUCACCAGAACUACUCCUUGGAGAGACGCAGUAUACUGCUGCGGUUGACGUCUGGAGCGCUGCCUGUGUCAUGGUUGAAAUUUUUACCCGACAUGCUAUCUUUCCCGGCGAUGGAACGGAAACCAACCAGCUAGACAAGAUCUAUGCUAUCUUGGGCACGCCAAAUAAGGUUGAAUGGCCUGAUCUUAUCAAGAUGGAAUGGUUCGAACUUCUCAGGCCCAGCUAUCGCAAACCAAACAUCUUCGCAGAAAAGUACAAGGAGAAAAUUCCGGCCUCUGCUUUCGAGCUCUUGGCAUCCAUGUUUCAAUACGAUCCUGUCAAACGUCCUUCUGCUGCUGAGGUCCUGCAACAUCCUUACUUCACGACGGAGCACCCCCCGCCUCGACAGGCUGUUGAGCUUGCUGAUAUCCAAGGCGACUGGCAUGAGUUCGAAUCAAAGGCGCUCCGUAAGGAGAAGGAGAGGAAGGAGAGGCAGGAAAGAGAAGCACGACGUGCAGCCCAGGCAAAAGAGGCAGCAAGGACGGACAAGGAAGGUGGCCACCGAGAUAAUGAAAGGAAGCGGCCAGGCUCACCACAUGAUACCCGAGAUAACAAACGGCUCCAUAUUGAGGGCCAACCAACAUCCUCAGUAACGCUGUCAGAAGCUCCAUAG